AAAAAAAACAAUCUCGUUGCGUCACGUGACCGGCUGGCCUCCGUCUGGCUAGUGCUAACGGCUAACAUCGGACGCCGAGGAGCAGCGCUUCUCUUUUCGGUAACAAUCCGCGUCGUCGCCCUCCCCGUCCCGCAACCAUGUCGGCGGUGCAGCGAAUGAAGGUGGCGAACGAACGGCACAGCAAAACCAUCACGCAGCGGGGACACGUCCAGAAAACCUCGCGGCCGGUCAACGAAGACAAGUCUCCGGUGGGUCCGUGGCUUCUGGCGCUUUUCGUCUUCGUGGUUUGCGGAUCAGCCAUCUUCCAGAUCAUCCAAAGUAUCAGACAGGGCAUGUGAUGACCCGGAAAGGAGCUGGUCUGACCUUCUCCGGACUUUGUUGACACACACACACACACACGCACUGUUCUCGUUUAGUCCUUGUUUAGUUUUUCAUUGUUGAUCAGAUAUUGGUUUUUUUUUUUUGUUUGUUUGUUUUUACAUACACACAAAGUAUGUGAACUACACAUUUCACGAUGCUUUGCUUUGUUGAUGUUCAAAGUGUAUUUGAAAUAAAGCAGAUAUAUUUCUCUA